UUUCCCUCUGGUGGCAUAGAGCUACAUAGACCAGUCAUGGAUAACACGCCUGAUUCUGGGACUAUUAGGAACAAAUGCGCAGCAUGUUUCAGGCAAUACAACAAAGUGGAGCACUUGGUGGAACAUAUGAGGGCCUCAUUUCACUCGGUGCAUGAGCCGAAGUGUGGGAUAUGCCAAAAGCAAUGCAGAUAUCUUGAAUCUCUCAGGGAACAUCUAAUAGGACCACUUCCGAAGAUUGAAUGUGCAAGGAUAUUCAGCACUCGAGGAUGUGAUUUAUGCUUGGACAUCUUCCAUUGUCCAAAUGCUCUUCGAAUUCACCGUGGAACAUGCCAACUCUCCUGUGCUGUUCCGGGGCUUGUCUCUCGGAUGUCGAGGUUGAGCUUUCAGGGUCCAAGCUCGUCGGAUCAUGGCACACGAAUGCAAGGUUCCAAGGUAAUUGCUUUAGGCUGCACGAUGGUCGGAGGAGGAAGUGACGGAUCGUUAGAUCUUUGCGCAAGGGUCUUCCUGAUCGGGGAAGAUGAAAACAUCAUUUUCCAGACUUACAUCAAGCCCCUAAUCCCGGUGACAAACUACAGGUAUGGAACGACAGGUGUAAGACCCGAACACUUGAGGGACGCAAUGCCGCUGAAGCAAGCACAGAGGAGGAUUCAGGACUUGCUUAGCAACGGAGAACCGAUCUGGAAGAUACGAUCUCGGGGUGGGAACGCAAGGAUCCUCGUCGGACACGGUUUGGAUCACGACCUCGACUGCCUCGGAGUUGAAUACCCUGAAUUCUUGAUCAGAGACACAGCAACCUAUCCACCAUUGCUGAAAACUAGCAAGCUCAGCAACUCGCUCAAGCAUCUGACGCAAACCUACCUUGGUUAUGACAUCCAAACUGGAACACAAGAUCCAUACGAUGACUGUGUGGCUGCAAUGAGGCUUUACGUCAGGAUGCGCUCGCAGAAUCAUCCCCGAGACUACUCUUCGGGCUCCGGAGAGAACCGUAAUAAUUAUCCAUCUUGGAGGCAACAGGAGCUGGAGAAGAUGACACCGGAAGCAUUACUGGAACUCUCAUCAUCCGAUUAUUACUGCUGGUGCUUGGACUCUUAACCGUAAUAUCGUCUGGUGACUGCACCCAAUGUAGUAAUGCCUGCUAUGCAGGUUGCAGUGCUGCAGCUGUCAAGGGGUCCGCGGCACCCGGUCAUGUAAUCUAUUUACUUUUUUUUUUUUCUUUUUUAAGUUGCAGAUUGGAUUUUAUUUUGGCACAGAUAAAAGAAGGUAAUUACCAAGAUUUAUUUUGGUUAGUUACCAAUUCCAUUA